AUGUUCAGCGCACUCAAGGGACUCUUCAAGGAAGCUGGCGUCAAGGACGUAAUCACCUUGUUCCACGCACCCAACUCGCCUGCCUCGAUCCGCGUCCACACCUUGCUCAAGCAGACUGCUGGCGCUGCAAACUCCACUGCCACCAUCGACCAAGCUUCUUCCCACCCUCAGCAGUCCAAGGUCGGAAGGACCGACUUCGAACUCGACGUUCAAGAAGGAGUUCCAACAAGCGAUCAACUCACCAACAUCUUCGAAUACCUCGGCCAAGACAAGAUUGGAAGCGUCGUCGAAGGCGCCUCGAGUACCACCGAAGCUCUGAGAAAGCUCAAGGACAACGGAGCUCUCUUUCAGAGACCCCUGGUUGUAGAUUGGGGCAAUGGACGUGCUGUGAGUGGUGACAACGAGUCCGAGAUCCUGAAGCUACUCCAGACUCCCCCCAAAGCCUAA